AUGACACAUUUCUUCAAACUUGUUUUGUUUCUCACUGUCUUGUUCCUUGUUGUGGAUUCCAAAAUCAAAGACAAAGGCAAAAACAAAAAAUCCAAAUUGAAAUCGAGCAAGGUUUUCCACAAGAUUCCUGGAAUUCCAAAGUUCAUAAAACCUUUCCCUACGACAGGGAUUGAUCAGAGUGCCGCUCAGGAUGGUGGUGGUAAGAAGUCCGAUUAUGAAACAAAGUUCAUAGGGCAAUGGGAGAUUCUUAACAACCAGUCUGGUGUUUCUGCCAUGCAGAUUCAAUUGAUGCCUGAUAACACCAUCAAUGUCUAUGAUACCACCAUUUAUCGUCUCUCUAGACUCAAAUACCCCGAAGGGAUGCCUUGUGUUCCAUUCUAUGAUGAAAACCUUAAAGAAAACAAACAAGAUUGUUUUGCUCAUGGAAUGGAAUACACUCUUGCAACAAAUCAAGUUAGAGCACUCACGGUGAAGACAGAUCCAUGGUGUUCCUGUGGUGGACUUACGCCUGAUGGUACCCUAGUGGUUGCUGGUGGUUUCGGAGAUGGAGUAAAAACUGCUAGAUAUUAUGGUGGUCAGAAGAAUUGCAAAGCUUGUGAUUGGAGGGAAUACCCCAAUAAAUUGCAGGAGGCAAGAUGGUAUGCAACUCAGACUAUUCUUCCCAAUGGAGAGUACAUAGUGAUAGGAGGUCGCAGAGCUUUUAGCUAUGAGUUCUUUCCGAGGGAGGGGCAACCUAGUAAAAAACCCUACUUUUUAGCAUUCCUCUAUGAGACCACAGACAUUGAUGAGAACAAUCUCUACCCUUUUGUCCACCUCUCGAGUGAUGGCAAUCUCUUUAUCUUCGCCAAUAACCGUUCCCUCCUCCUCAACCCUAAUGCCAACAAAGUGGUUCGUACCUACCCAGUUCUUCCUGGAGGUUCGAGGAACUACUCUGCUUCUGGCAUGUCUGCAAUGCUCCCCGUAACUUUCAACUUGGCUGAGACUGAGAAAAUUUUCCUACCAGCUCUCAAAGAUUGUGGUAGAUUGGUCAUCACAGACCCCAACCCUGAAUGGGAUACUGAAGAGAUGCCUACCGGAAGAGUGAUGGGGGAUCUUCUUAAUCUCCCUAAUGGACAACUCUUACUCCUUAAUGGUGCACAGAAAGGCACAUCUGCAUGCAUGCUAGAAUGUACCACUCAAGCUAUUCCCAAUGGCAAAAUUUGGGUUGCUGGUAGCAACACCCAUGAUACUUACAAGGACGAUGAUAAGUUCCCAACUGAGACUAGGGUUGAGGCAUUCUCUCCUCCUUACUUGGACCCAAACCCAGAUGUACAUCGACCAACCAUUGUUGAGGAAUCUUCUGAUAAGAAGUUGGCGUAUGGACACAACUUUGAGACACAGUUCAAAUUGCAAAAUAUGGAUCAGAAGUUCACCAAGCAAGAUAUUAAGGUUAUGUCCAAAGCACCACCGGUUCCUGAACUUGCUCCUCCAGGACAUUACUUGAUCUUCAUUGUCAACCGUGGGGUGCCUAGCCAGGGCAUGUGGGUGCAUAUUCAGUAG